CUUUCUAUGGUUCUGAGAUUUUCUGACACCUUGCCUCUUGUCUCACUAUGAAAUAUGUACAAACUUCAAGCCAAACGAAUAAAAUCUGCCGCUGGCCAGAUGUGGACUUCUAAUGUCUCUAAGAUCAGACUCUCUCUUAAAAAUGUUUACCAUAAAUGCAAGACCCGCCAUCUGUAUUCAACUCGGUACCCGAGUGUGACUUCCUUCAACUGUUCCCAAGAUGACAUUAGCACUGCUGAAGACGUGAAUCUGAGCGUCAUGCUCCAAGACAUAAAAACUGCCCAAAUUGAGCUCCUCCAGCAGGUGACUGACAUUGUCUCGGCAGCCACAAUCAUCCAGGAAAAGGGUGAUUUUUACCAGAAGCGAGUGGAAGCACUGGAAACCAGAGUGAAUGUUGACAAGAACAAACAAUGCACAAUAAUUAACAGCAUGUUCUCUAUAAAAGAAGACAUCGAUUCUUUAAAGAAGAAAGUAAUGGAGCUGGAAAACCAGAGUUCUUGUUCCAGCAUACACUGUUUAGAGGUUUUGGAGGGAGAGCAGUGUAAAAAAAUCAUUGAAUUGCUUCGGAAACGCUCAGAAUCAGAAACUCCAAAGAAGCUACCACUCUCUGCAGAUUCUAGAACAUCUUCCACAUCGGGGGCAGCACCCAGUUAUCCAGGUCCAAGUGGAAAUCUGAAAGAAAAAGUAAUUUCUCCCCAAAUUAAAACUCUGAAGAAAAGUAACCAUUCAAAGGUCCCGAGAAGCUGUCCAAAACUGAAAUCUGAUGUGUAUGUUUAUCCAGACUUCAGUACGUGGAUCAAACUAACUUUCAUCCAUGGGGGAAAGUGGAGAUUUUUCCUGAGCGCCGCCAAAUUGGAGGAAUUCAUUCAGUGGCUGCUUUCUAGGCCAACUGUGGUCGCCGAGGAGCCACGGCUCGUUACUCAGGGAUACCGUAUACUCGCCGGGCCCAUCGCGAGCCUGACGACUGCCUGUCUCUCGGUUUUCAACUAUGUGUACUGUCUCUUCAGAGCCUCGGAAGCGGAAGUAACUCGCCUCUAG